CCAACAACAGCUUGCUUCCUCAAAUAGAUUUUCAUUCAUUAAGUAUUCACCCCCCUUCCCGACUCCCUUGAUACCUUCACCAUGAAUUCUCAAACCGGUAUACAUAAUAUCCGAAGUUCACACUUGUUCCUUCCAGUGGACGACAUGAGUGCCUCCAGCAUUUCGCUCUCUACUGUGGAAGACCACGACUGUCGCUGGUUAGACGCCGUGUCUCCCAAGGCGGCGUUGACCUUUGCUGCGCUAUGGGACCCGGAGGAGGGGAUGAUCACCUUUUCGGGUGCACGGCUUCUUGAGAGUGACGGCCUUCUGGGGAUUGAAUCACGUUCAUGCGUGCAUGGUGAUGGGGCAUCUCAAGCAAAUUCAUGCGGUCAGAGCGCAGAACCCGUGGUAGAUGAAGAUACCGAACCCCUUGACACCCUCCACGACACGUUUCGCACUUUCUUGUACCGCGUUCCCAAUCGCUCGUUCCGGUAUCGCCAGCAGAGAAGCCCGCUGACGCGUGUUGCUUCAGUUUCCGGGACAAAAGACUCGUAUAAGCGGGAAAUAACGUUGAGACCCGUUCGCUCACUCCAUAUCCCACGAGUAGACAAGGUCGAACCAACCCUCCCACGAUCGAUCCAGGCUUCACCCAUGUCCAGCAUGUUUGGGUCUCGAAUGGAUCGAACUCCCGAGAUGCAUAGUAUGGAAGAGGGGCUUUCGGUUAGCGGAAAGAAACAACUUUUGUCUUCUCGCUUUUCGGCAACGACGUUGUCUACCUCGACUAAGGUGGACGUACCAUACGGCAUUCGCCGUAGAAUAUCGCUCACUCCAGUUCGUUUCCCUGUCGAUGAUAAGGCGUCCCUUUCGUCACCUUCUCGUUCACCUCCUUCCUCUCCACGUCGGCGCCUCCGUAAACGGUGUCCAGCUGCGGAGGGCCACCUCUCUCCAGCAGCGAUAACUACAAAUAUAGAAUUACCCAAGGCAAGUCCGGAAGGACGUAAGCCGCUUUCCCUGCUGUCACGGUCUUCUUCAAGAUACUCCCCCUCUUCCCCUACACCCUCUUCUAAAAGGGGCAGUAUCAAGUACAAGUUCCCAAUUUUCCCGCGCCGUAGGGCUUUUUCGUCGGAGUAACGCUUCGGAUGAGGGUUGGGUGUACAUCGAAUUGAAAACCAGAAUCGAACAACGCCUUCUUCCCGAUUUCGGGGAG